AUGAAUUCCAUAAAGAUUCACAAAAAGCAACCAACCUUUUUAGAACUGCUGAAUACAAUUAGUGGUUGGCGUGAUACAGAAAAUAUUUUUCUUUUCAACUGCAAUGUUAUGGCAUCUCCAGUACAGCUUGUCCUUCUUAAUGUAGAGACCAUGCAUUAUUUGCAAGUGAUGUGGUCACUUCGCAGUGACUUGAAUGAAAAUCAGAGAGACUUCAUUAUGUGCAGUAUUGCAUCUUGGGUUCAGAGUGUUUAUGAAAGCAAGGAUGGCAUUAGUUCUUCUUUGGCUGUCCACAUAUUUACAGUAAAUAUCUCCAAGUUGCUCUCUCAAGUAGCACGUACCUAUGAGGCAAGUGCAGACCUACCAGAAGAAGCAAUUUCUGAGUGGAAUGAGUUCUUCAGCCAGACAGUAUAUAAUCUUCUUCUUCAUAUUUAUGUCCAGUUAGCAGAGAGUUUGAUGUCAAGUGAUGUCAGUAGGUCCCAAGAGCACCUCCUUGCCUGGAUGGGUGAAGCUGUGACCUGUUGUCCUAAAGACCAGCUAAUGUCCCUACAAUUGGAAUCUACAGGAGCUGAAAGCAGUCCUACUUGUCAAAUUGAAACUAUUUUACAUCAUUUUUGUCCCAUGUUGCUGUCCAGAGUUUAUUGCAUCCAAAUAGCAGCCUACCACAUUCUUAACAAGAUCAUUAAUGAUUUACACAGCUUAGAAAGUUCCAAAGUAUCCACUGUAUCACUGACAGAAGACAUCUGUGUUAAGAAAUUGGAAAAUCUAAACACUGUAGAUAGUGAACCAAACUUAGCUGCUGAAGCAACUGCUGCUAAAUAUCCCCAUUUUGAAGAUGAUGAUGAAAAUGGCAGGCAACCAAAUGAGAUCCUCAUGGAAACUCUGAUGAAGUCUUGGAAAGGAAUUGAAACACAUCUUGAUCCCAGUGAAAGCAUCGACAAACAGUUUGCACCUUCACACUGCACUUUGGGCUAUCUGCUUACCUGGAAACUUCAGCUUCAUUUCCUCAGAACAGCUAGUAGCGAGCUUCGAGCUGAUUACCUUCGCUAUUUGGAGACCCUCAACUUGAUCACUGUUCUUCUUGAAGAUAUUUUCUCUUUGAUCCCAGAAACAUUGGUAUCAGCUUACCAGUGCAGAAAAGAUGAACUUUCAAUAGCCAACAUUGCUUUUAAGAAGAAACUUUCUUGUACAUCAGCUCCCUCCUCAGACAAGCUUCUCCAAAAUGUGGCUUGUCUUAUGUUUGAAGAAGCUCUUGAAACAAUUCCUGCCACAGUUAGACAAUGGUGGAGAAAACAAGACAGAGCAUUUGCUUCUUUUAUUGACAACUUCACCAAACUGUUCAUCAGUCCUGUGCUCUGCAACAAAGAGAUUCAGAAUAUUCUUAGCCUGGAUAUGAAUUUGGAAAAUAUUGUGAUCCGGGCACGUUCUACAAGUAGGGAAAUUGUUGCUGUAUACACAAUGGAUGAUGUUAGCAUUGAAAUGGUUAUUGCCCUCCCUGACAAUUACCCAUUAGGCAGCAUUAGUGUCCGAAGUGAACAGAGGAAAGGUAUUUCCAACUCCAUAUCAAAAAAAUGGUUGCUCCAAUUAAACCUUUUCCUUCAACACCAGAAUGGCAAUAUUAUGGAUGGUCUGCGAUUAUGGAAGCGAAACAUUGAUAAAAAGUUUGAAGGUGUUGAAGAGUGCACCAUUUGUUGCUGUGUUGUACAUGGCACAAAUUUCCAGUUGCCAAAGAUUCAGUGUAAAAUCUGCAGGAAGAAGUUCCAUUCUAUUUGUUUGUAUAAAUGGUUCAAUGAAAGCCAAAAUUCCAGUUGUCCCCUCUGCCGGACUCUCUUCUGA